CUUUACUUAAUUAUUAUAUACAAUAAAAUAUAUUAGCUCCAACCAUGUCAGCCCACAAAGAUCAGAAAUUUCCGAGUCUCAACACCAAAUUGAACUUUACAUUCCAUAAUAUUGCAGACUCAACACAACAAAGUACACAGAGAAUGCAGAGGGAGGAAACUUCGAAAGACAACAACCAGAGCACUUCAAUUCUCUACCAUUUCAACAGCGUUAGCCAAAACCUGACCUUCCAGGGAGGUUCAGAUGUGCAAUCGUUAUACAAUGGGAGUGAGAAAAUGAAUGCUAAGUACAGGCAUAAUGCAAAAGUUAAAUCUCCACUAACAACACAAACAAGAAUGCACUUCUUCUCUCCAAAAUAAAUUGGUGGUCAAAGAAAUGAAGCCAAGAGUAAGAGAGAUAGAACCUAAACAGAAGGCUUUCCAAACCAUUUUUAGUCCACAAUAUAAAUUGACCGAUUUACUUAGAGAUCCUGCCAAACCUCUUCAGAAGAAGCCAAAUACAAAGAAAAUGGUGUUGAAGAAAAAAUCAGUACUAAAGUCAGGCUAUAAAGCCAUCUCAUUUGACAUGAAGAUGAUACCCACUAAGAGAGGCAUCCAAGAUUUGGAAAAUGAUAUGACAAGGCCUAAUAGGAUACAAUCAAAUGAUAAGAUAAGAGAUUUAUGCAGCUAUGUUCAGAAUAUCAAAUAAAUCAAAAUAUGAGCCUCAAGGAGCUGCAAAGUCAAGGUCUCCUAUUCUUUUGAAGAACACCUUCUCGCCAGUAAUGUACAGAAUGUAUCGUGCUAUGAAGAAUAGACAAAAGAAUCUAAAGCAAGUUACUACACCUGAAGUGGAGCUGACAAAAAUUCCAAAAGUUGCUCCAAAGAUGCCUGAGCUUGACCAAACAGAGGGCACUAAAGGAAAUAUCACCAAGAAAAAUAAAAUCACUCCAGAUGAUCCUUUUGAUGAUUUUACAAAGCAGUUCAUGAUUCAGUCUAAAAUAGGUCAAGUGAAGCUAGAAUCUGAAAGCGAAGGUACCCAGAGCAAGAAGGGCAGCAAUAAGAUUCUAAAUAAAAACGGUAACCGAAGGACGAGGAAUGCGCUUAGUAAUCCUCCACCUAAGUCAUGUCAAGAAUGGUCUGUCUCCAAAGCAAUCAACAUCAUGAGGACGAAAUAAAGAAGUCGAAGAAAACAUUGAGAAAAAAAAGAUCAACCUACUCCAAUUAGAUUUCUACAGUUUCUUCGAGAUGGUUUCUCAAGGUGAAGAGAAGUUCGAUUUUAGUGAUCCCAGAAUAAUCAAGCUCUUCAACAAGUACUACGAGCGUGCACGUAUUGAGAUAUACAAAGACAGGACGAAAUUCAGGACAAAGCUGAUGAAAGCCAGGGUCAAUGAGCUUAAAGAGUUUCGUAAAAAGCAUCAAAUCAUUGAGCUAUGUUAUAAAAACAGAGGGCCACUGGACUACAACCAUAAAAGUCUCUAUAACAAAGAUAGAAUAGAUUUUGUAGACAUCCCUAGUAAUAAGCGGAUCAUCGAUGAAUAUCUUGACGAUGUCGAUGAAGAAGAGCUACUUAAAGAGGAAAUUAAUGCUAUGAAGAAAGCGAAGAGAAGAGUCAGGGUUAACAAGGGUGAGAGUUAAGGAU